UACUUGAUCUGUAUAUCUUCCUACUGAAGCAAUAUGAUGCAUAAAUAGGUCUUCUGAAGCAGCAAUGGGAAUGAGAUUUCAUCUCUUGAUCAAACUCCCAAUACGCAGAAGUCAUGCCCCAGGGAUAUGGAGCAGCGGAAGCCGGGCUCCAAGAUCAUUUAACAUCGGAAGUCGACGAGUGGGAUGGUCUCUCACCCACCGUUUCUAGGACUACCCUUCUAAUCAUCAUCUUCAGUUGUCUGGUAAUCACGGUGGUUCUGUACGUGCUGAUCAAGGGCUGCAUUUUCAGCGACAACCACCACCACCAAGAUGAUGAGGCUGCUGCUGAGGAAGGUCAGGUCGCAACAGCAAUAGAACUGCAAUCACUGCCCGAGCAGAGGUAUGGGGAUGUGGCAGUGGCAGAGGAGAGUCUGGGAGCGAUCAACGAUGGUAGCUGCUGCAUUUGCCUCGAGCAGCUUGCCGACGAGGAUCUGGUCACAAUCCUUCACGGAUGUCGCCACUUGUUCCAUCACCACUGCAUCCGCGAUUGGGCGCUCGAGGGCAGCAGACAAGGAUAAAAAAUACAUCAACCAGUUUCCAUGUGGCCAGAUGGGUAAUCCAACUUUGUCAUCUCCCAAACAAAUUCUCUCCACUGCGAAUCAAUCUUUUAUUCCCAC